AUGUCCGACUCCGCUCAAGUUUCUGUUGCUGCUCCAGCGGCCGCUGCCGCCAAGGCCAAGCCAGCUAAGGCCAAGGGAACCAAGGUUGCCAAGGCUAAGGCCCCAGUUGCUCAUCCACCAUACAUCAACAUGAUCAAGCAGGCCAUCAAGGAGCUCAAGGAUCGCAAGGGAGCUUCCAAGCAAGCAAUCCUCAAGUUCAUCUCUCAAAACUUCAAGCUCGGAGACAACGUCAUCCAAAUCAACGCUCACCUUCGUCAAGCCCUCAAGCGCGGAGUCACCAGCAAGGCCCUCAUCCAAUCCGCCGGUGCAGGAGCCAACGGACGUUUCCGUGUCCCAGAGAAGGCCGCCGCCGAGAAGAAGCCAGCCGCAGCCAAGAAGCCAGCCGCCAAGAAGCCAGCCGCCAAGAAGGCCGCCACUGGAGAGAAGAAGGCUAAGAAGCCAGCAGCAGCCAAGAAGCCAGCCGCCAAGAAAGCCGCUACCGGAGAGAAGAAGGCCAAGAAGCCGAAGUCGCCAAAGAAGGUCGCCAAGCCAGCUGCCAAGAAGGCCGCCAAAUCUCCAGCCAAGAAAGCCGCACCAAAGAAGGCCGCCGCCAAGCCAGCCAAGAAAGCUUAA